UGAACAUGUGCUUUGCCACGCCCAUACACUACACAACAACUUCUAGCAGGGACAAUGGCAGAUGAAGUAAACGGUCUAAAUGGAGGGGAAGAAGAGGCCCCUACUCUUGAAACAGUUGAUUUGGACUCUUCAGCCCUAGAGAGCGACGGAGGGAGAGCUCCUGUACUCAGUUUCCAGAGAGAGGAGGAGGAAGAGGAGGAUUCUGAUCAAGAUGAGCCUCCUUCAAAAGGAGGGGGAGGAGCUCCUACUGCUCCUACUGGGGGAGCCACUGGUCCUGUCUUUGUGUCUGGGCCAGAGGGAACGAGACAGCAUAAGAAGCAAACCCGUUCAAUCUCAGAGACCACCUCAUCUAUUAAGGACUGGAGCAUCACUCACAUGAAAAUGACUCGCCAGGUUCUCUCUGAGCAGUUUGGCCGUGCAACAAGGACAGUUGACCCUGACCUUGAAGCAAGAGUGGCUGCCAUACGUGACACGCAAAAGAAAUACAACAACCUCACGUCACUCAUGGGGCAGCUUCGCUUCCACAUGGAGAGUUUCUUAAACACUCAGACUUCUCUUGCUGAGCAUUUCGGGUUUCUAAGCGUCCGGUGCCCUGAGCUCCACACAGAGUUCACGUUUAACUCAAUUACACAAAAGAGAUUGGCACACAAUGGGAAGAAGCUAUUAGCAGCCAUGAAUUACUUCAUUGCCAAUGUUUACACCGUGUCUUCUAAGGCGAUAGAGGACACACUGACUACAGCUAAGUCUUAUGAGAGUGUGAGACUCCUUCAUGAUGCUUACAGGACUGACCUUGAAGCUGCCCAAAAAGUAGCAUCUGUCAAUCAAUCAGCCUCGGCUGCUGCUAAAGUUACAGCUCUUCAAGAGCAGUACGAUAAGCACAGAGUCCGUUAUGAUCAGCUGAGAAAAGACUUGGACAUCAAAUUGAAGCUUCUCGAUGAGAACAGACUUAAAGUGAUGCAGAAGCAUUUGGUAUUGCUCAAUAAUGGUUUUGCUGCCUAUUUCUCAGGCAGUAACGAAACAAUGGAAAACAUUAUGGAGGAAUUCCGUGAAAGGCUUCGAGACAACGUAUUCACGAAUGAUCCCCCGGCCUGGCUGGAGGAAUUGUCCGAGUCUCAGCAAGAGUCUGCUGAGCCUGAUAGUAGCAAGGCAACACGUAGGCAGCUCAACAGCACCUGAAUAACACUCCAUGGUCAUCUUAUUCCUCAUUGUGUUUUCAAAACUUUUCAUUCAACAUAAUUAAUACUGUAAUAUUGCUUCUUAAUUUGCUACCAUAAAUUUUAAUGUUUUAGGCAAUGAUUGUACACAUACAUGUACACUGCUUUUUUCAAUAGGUUUUCAAUUGCUGUCCUCUUCCAGGUUGCUAUUAAUAAUAAAUAAUUUUUUAAUAAUAAUUAUACCUUUUUUGGCAUAUCAAACAAACCUUAAUUGUACUUCAUUUUUAUAAUGAUCAUUAAUAGUAAAAA